GACGAACAUCAGGAACUGAAAUGAUCUUUGCAAAUAUAAUGUUGUGGGCUUCAAUUCUCCUCAUCUAUUCCAUUCCCGUUUCAGGUGCUUUAUGGGCAGAAGAAAAUGUAACGGGAAUUUUGGGAAGAGCGAUCACAAUAUCUUGUCACUACGAAGCACGGUGGUACCAGUCACACAUGAAAUAUUGGUGUCAUGGAUGGACUCGUCUGUGUCAGGUUAUAGCAAUGACAAAUUGGCCAAAUGGGAGAAUAUCAAUCACUGACAACAAAACACAAGGAAUAUUUCUUGUUACAAUGAAGAAUCUUCAAUGGAGGGAUGCAGGAUGGUACAGCUGUGGGAUGGAGAUUCCUGGUCUUGACCCAAUGUUUAAUGCAAAGCUGCACAUCUCUGAUGAAGCCGUCUCGGUUCCUGGGCUUCGAUUUUUAUCCCAACCAAAUGUCUCAUGUUCUGGGGGUUCAGUGACAGUCUCCUGUGAGUCUGCCCGAGGAUCUCUCCCCAUUCACUACACAUGGUCUGAGAAGACGCCAUCACAAGAUUCAAAGAUCUCUGACACCAAUAAACUGGAUCUACAUUGUCAAUCCUUCACACAGCAACAUCAUCAAUAUUACUGCACAGCCUCACAUACUCAGGGAACAAAACCCAGUGAAAUGGUUCAUGUCUCAGUUACCAAUGUAGCAGAGAAGGGUUGUAGUUACAUGAUAACAAUCAGCAGCAUAGGUAAGAUUUAUACAAACACUGAGUCCUGCAGGUACUUUUAA